AUGGCCAAGCAUUAUACAAAACAAAAUCAUCAAGAUCACCAGCGAUAUUUGGAAAUUUUAAAAGAGGACUUCCAAAAGAAGUAUGAAGAUGCUCCGAAUUCAGAUAAAAGUUUGAACAAUUAUGAUAGCAUAAAAGCAAUUGGAAGUGGUGCUUACGGUGAAGUUUUUUUGGUAAGAAACAAGAGUACCUUCACAUAUCACGCAUUGAAAGCGGUAGAUAAAAAAGUCGUCGUGGAGAGGAAACAAAUCAAACAUUUGAUUUUAGAGAAAAGAAUACUUCAGGGUGUCCAGUUUCCAUUUAUAGUCACUUUAGACGAUGCGUUCAAAGAUAACGUUUAUCUUUACUUCGUACUGCCGUAUAUGGCAGGAGGAGAGCUAUUCACAUAUAUACAAAAGUACGGCGGAUUGUCGGACGAUGUAUCAAAAUUUUACGCCAGUCAAGUAAUAUUAGCCAUAGAAUACUUGCAUUAUUGCAAUGUAGUACACAGAGAUAUAAAACCUGAAAACAUUUUAGUUGACACAAACGGUUAUAUAAAAUUGUGUGACUUUGGAUUUUGUAAAGUGCUCGCAAAGAAAACUUGGACUUUAUGUGGAACGCCAGAAUAUUUAGCACCAGAAGUUAUUAUGUCGAAAGGCUAUUCGUUUUCCGUGGACUGGUGGGCGAUCGGUGUUUUAAUCUUUGAAAUGGGAACAGGUUACCCACCAUUUUUUGCGUCAGAUCCUACAAAACUUUACGAAAAUAUUUUGGAUGGACAUUAUAAAUGCCCAGACAAUUUAGUUCCCGAUUGCAAAAGUAUUAUUAAAGGAUUAUUGCAAGUCGAUCCUGCGAAACGGCUAGGCUCUCUUAAAGCCGGCGUUUUUGAAAUUAAAGUUCAUUCCUGGUUUAGUGAUUUAAGUUGGGCAUCGAUCUUGCAACAAAGAACUACACCACCAUUUGUUCCUAUAUGUCCGUCGCCAGGUGACACGAGUAAUUUUCCGGAAAUAGAACAAAUUAAAUUAAAAAAUAGCUCAAAGUGUUUCUAUGAGGAUGAAUUUGAAGAUUUCUGA